GCAUAUUGCUUGCAGCAAUUCUUCUGGGCCAGUAGCAAGUGAGAGAUCAAUGGCACGAGUGUACGCGGCACCCCCGCCAUGUCGCGCAACAACAUGCCGGAUUAAAAGCAAAGCGUUCCUCCUCAACGAGGCUGUCACACUUCCUGCAGUACUUGCGAAAUACUCGAACUCUAGCUAUUUAUCACGAUAGCCGUGAAUCGAUUACCUAGAUCACCAAAGCUAAGAUGGCUCCCGCAGAACCCGACCAUGCGCCAUUUCAGAUUCAAGGUGAAGAACCCCACUUUGCAGAGGAAAGAGAAGGCUGGAAAGGCUACAUCGAAUGGGAAAAGUACCCUGAGAAGAAGAAGCAGGCCCAGGAAGUCCUUUCGAGAUACGACUUCCCUGUUCCACCAGAGUUUCAGUUAAAGCCAUUGCCCCAGACGAAUCCCAUCCUCGAAGGAGUGAGAUGGAAGUACUACCACUAUGCAAUGGGUGCUACGCUGAAGAACCAACCUGAGAUCUCAUGGAAGUAUGUGCAGGAAGAGAAGAGUGCAGAUAUGAUCCAUGUACUCCAGUUUCCCUACAACGGCGAGCCUCCCAGGGAACGAUUGGUCAAGACUGAAAUUACGCCCAACGAGGACUUCUUUGUUCGCAAUCAUGGCGGUAUCCCUGAGAUUGACGCUGACAAAUUCUUCUUCGACGUAGACGGGAUGGUCAACAACCCCAAGAAGAUCACUUUGAAGGAACUGCAAGACGAAUCAAUUUUCCCGCGUAUGACCAAAACAGCCUCUUUGCAAUGUUCCGGCACUCGCCGCAUCGAACAGAUCCAGGAAUAUCCUGGAGACGGUGACGAGCUCAUCAAUGCGCCAUGGGCAGAGGGCGCCAUCGGUACAGCGCGAUGGACAGGAGUGAGCUUGAAGAAAGUCAUCAAGCACUGUGGUGGCUUGAAAGACGGCGGCAAGCACGUGGAAUUCUUCGGAGCAGACACCUACUUCAAGAAGGGCCAGGUAUUCAACUACGCCGUCUCGGUCCCCUACCGCAAGGUCCGCGUUCACGAAGUCAUGCUCGCCUGGGAAAUGAACGGCGAGCCUCUACCCAGGAUCCAUGGGUAUCCACUACGCGUAGUCGUCUUCGGGUUCAUCGGUGCCCGCAGCUGUAAGUGGCUGUACAAGAUCAAUGUCAUCGCUCAGCCCAGCUUAGCCCCCGUGCAGAUGAAAGAGUAUAUCUACUACAGCCCACAGAUUGGCAAGCACAACAAUACCUACAGCAACGGGUUCAGCAUCCAGACGAUGCCCGUCUCGAGCGCCAUCAUGACGCCAAUCAACCACGACCAGAUCGUGCACGACGGCAAGAUUAAACUCACCGGCUGGGCCUUCAGCGGCAGCGGCUGGCCCGAGCGUGUCGAAGUCAGCGGCGACGGAGGUAACAUCUGGUACGAGGUACCCUUCGAUCAGCUGUCCAAGAAAGUGUUCUACUCGUGGCGUGUGUGGGAGUAUGAGAUGCCGGUUGAUGCCGAAGGCUGGCUGGAGUUCUGCGUGCGAUGCUGGGACAAUGCUUUGAAUGCAUGUCUUCACCCUAUCCUCACUUGCGGCACACAGCCAACAUUUGUACGGAGCGCAUGGAACUGGGAUCUCCAUGUAACGUCUUCAUGCCAUCGCAUCAAGGUCUAUAGCAUGAACCGAAACAAGCCCGCCACCGCCCGGCGGCUGAAGCAGUGCGAAGAGAAAGGUAUUCCUAUGGUGCCGAUCACGCGUCCGAUCGAGUUCGAUGUCGAGACGGAGGAGGAGUAUCUUGCGAACAUGACGUUGAGGCACGGUCGCGAUCCAGAAGAGUAG